AUGGCGGCCAAGUCGUUUCGCGAGGGCAUCCGCGCCCGGUUGCUGCAAGAUGUGCUCGGAGGCGAGCAGGAGGAGAUCGACGGGGGCUGGCGCGUGCUCGUCAUGGACGAACUGGCUACCAAGGUGUUGAGCGCCGCUUGCAGCAUGACGGACGUUUUCGACACCGGAGUCGCGCUCGUCGAGGACCUGAGCAAGAAGCGCCAGCCCAUGCCGAACAUGGACGCGGUGUACUUCAUCUCGCCAACGCCGGAUUCAGUGAGGCACCUGAUCGAGGACUUUUCCGGCCCGACGCCUCUGUACAAGUCGGCGCACCUCUUCUUCACUUACCAAGCAUCGCCGUCGCUGAUGUACAACAUCAAGAGCUGCGACCCUCUGCGCGCGCGCCUCGUCAAGGUGGCCGAAGCCAGCGUCGAGUUCGUGACUGUGGACAGCCGGACGUUCUCGACGAUGCAGCCCUUCGCCAUGCGCAAUCUGUUCCGGGACAGGUGUGAGGGUUCCAGCGACUACGCUGCUGAGAUAGAGGUGGCGGCGCGCCGGCUCUCCUCCGUGUGCGCCGCCCUGGGCGUCUUCCCCUCGAUCCGCUGCCGCGCACCCCGGCCUCCGCAGGAAGGGGACCCGCCGGGGCAGGCAGCCAGGGCCGCGGUACCUCAGCGAAUCGCAGCCGCCCUGAAUGAGCGCCUACAGGCUAUGCAGCGGGCCGACCCGUCCUUCGGCACGGGUUCGCGGGACACGUGCGAGGUGCUCAUCGUCGACCGGGCCCUCGAUCCGAUUGCGCCGGUCGUGCACGAGUUCACGUACGAGGCACAGGUGCACGACCUGCUCCCACUUGGCGAGGGCAACGUGUACGACCACAGCUACGUCACCAAAGAGGGGGAACACAAAGUCACGCAGUUCGUGCUGGGCGAACACGACCCGCUCUGGACGGAGCUGAGGCACAUGCACAUCGCGCAGGCGUCGAUGACGCUCGAGCAGAGGCACGUCGAGUUCAUGGAGAAGAAUCCUGCGGCGCGCAAUCAGGCUGGGAAGCUUGGCCGGGGCGCUGCGUCAGAGCCAAACGACAUUCGCAAAAUAAGCAACAUCGCCUCGGCAAUCCCAGAGUACCUCGAGAAGGUCGCGAAGCUCAGCCUGCACCUGGACAUCGGCAACAAGCUCAGCACCAAGUCGAGGUUCCUGAUGGAUGUAGGCCUCGCGGGGCUCGAGCAAGAUCUGGUGUAUGGCGACGCGGGGUCGAAGGAGGUGAUCAACUUCCUCUCGAGCGCCACCAGCAGUAUGGCGAGCGGCGAUGUAGCAGGCGAGCAGAUCUCGGCGCAAGACAAGCUGCGCCUCCUCAUGUGCUACGUCGUGACGCACCCGGAGAAGAUGGACAACGCCAAGCGGACGCAGUGGAUGAAGCUCGCGGGCCUCACCGUCGACGACAUGCAGCGCAUCAACAACAUGGAGAUGCUGGGCGUCGCGGUGUCCAAGCGCGUGGCCUCCAAGGGCCUCACGUUCGGCCGGAAGAAGCGGCGCCAGCCACGCAAGGAGCGGACGACCCGGGUCGCGGACAAGGAGUUCUCCCAGUACAAACUGGCGCGCUUCGCCCCCGUGCUGUCCGAGACGAUCGAAGACCUCUCCAAUGGGACGCUGGAUCCCACGGAGUUCCCUUUCGUGGGGUCUGGGCAGGCGGGUCCCCCCGGGCGCGCGCAGGACUACAACUUUGUGGGGACGCACCCGCCCAGCCAGAUGCAGUCCGCGCGCCAAAACCGUACGAACUUCGCCGUCUCGUGGGCGAACAAAGCGAAGGGCGCGGAAGGGCCCAGGCAGCCACAGGAGACGAAGCCCGUGCACCGCCUGAUCGUAUUCGUCGCCGGCGGCGUCGCGUACAACGAGAUCCGGAGCGUGCACAAGCUGUCUGAGGCGCUGGGCUGGGACAUCAUCCUUGGUGCCACAGAUGUGCUGCCUCCCGCCAAGUUCCUGCGCGAGCUGGCCCACCUCAAGUCCGACUUCGCGCACGACUCCGCCGGCGAUCUGGCGCUGGAAAUCGACGGGAUCUGA